AUGCCUUCUCACACAGAGAAGGUUGCAGAACUGCUCGCCCGUCCACUGCCUCAAAUCAUCCAGCGGGACGACACUGAUCCCGAAAAUACCCCCACAGACGAUAGUAUCCAUCCUGAUCACAUCUUCUUCUGGGAUGGAUUUGUCGAAGACGUUAAAAAGACAAUAUCAGAAACGGAUUUAUCGCAAGAUGUAUCCCUGACGGAUGCCCCGGAAGGUGAAUGCAUCAUUGUAGGCAAUAGGUUUGCCCUAACAGGUCGAUUUAAUGCGAAUGUUGGAGUUCCAUUAGCGAAGGCAUUCAUCGCUACAUCUGGCACUAGGGAGGAAUUGAAGAACCUGAGGUUUGCUGAUGCAGAAGUUGUGCCGUUGUUUCAGAGGUUUGGUGCUCCAGAUGUAGUUUUGGUUGAAUUAAAAAAAGAAGGGGGGGAUAUCAAACCCUUGCUGAAGGCCGUUGGGGAAAUCAAAAGGUUUUGGACGGCAAAGGGUUUUAAUGAUAUUCGGGUAUCUGAAGGAGAAAAGGGUUUGGGGAGAGAGUUUUUAAAGAACUAUGUGAAAGAGAUUGGUCAGCUCGCAAAGUUCAUGCACUGUAUUAACCUUAGAUACGGGUUUAUUUCAAACUACGAAAGCACCAUAUUCGUGAGACGUACGGGAGCUAGAAGAUUUGAACUUACGGAUCCAAUUGGGUUUCACGAUGCCGGACCUACAGUUAGACAGUGCUUUUAUCAUUUUGGUACCUUGCUUGUAGAUGAUCCUGGCUUUGAAUAUACAGGUCGAAUGCUCAGGAUCCCACCAUCUAGAGACAGUACGGACUCCCCGCCAGUGUAUUCGGAACCAGCACCAGAGAAUGAGGGUCAAGAGGAGGACGAUGAAGGGACAGAAAACCGAGGGGAGGAAUUUAGGCCAAGUCAAGGGCCUACGGCUGGAUCUAUGGCUGUCACUACAGUCCCUACCGAAGACUGUGGAGAUGUUAAGCACGAAGAAGCCGGGCCGAUAGAGCAGGCCCUGUCGAUACAGAACGAAGAUACUCCCGCCAGUAUUGGGCAUAGUCGAGCUCAGAGCCCUAGGGAGAAAGAAACGCCAGAUGCCACCGUUGAGCAAUCAUCACCAGUACAAGAAAGCAUUGCCACUGCAGUUACCCCCGCUGACGUCUCGGGCAAGCCAAGAAAAAUCUCGGAUAUCACUUGCAGGUCUGUUGUAUUCAAGAAUGAGACGGACACCUAUAUAUUCGAUAUCGUAGAAACAGUUAAAGAGAAUCACCAUAACGGGAAGAAGGUUUUCCGCGCAACCUUAGAGGGACAGGAGGUUAUUGCCAAAUUCUGGCCGGAGAGUUUAUUUAAGCUUUAUACACGUGAAAGAAACACCUACCAUCAUCUCCCUCCAAGUCCAUACUUUCCUCAAAUGAUUGCAUAUGGUGAUUUAAUCCUAUCUCACUCAUUGGAGAGGGGCUAUAUUCUUGUCAUAACCCAAGAAAAAGGCAUUCAGCUCGGAUACAAGAUGAUAGAGCAAACUCCCAAAGCAGAGAAGAGGAGAAUCAGAAACGCAUUGAUCAAGGCAGUUAAAGUUUUGAGAGAGAGGGAUUCCAUGCAUGGAGACCCACAACCGUCGAAUGUUUUAUGGGAUUCGGGGACUGGCAAGCUGAAAUUAUUGGACUUUGAGAUUAUGUGGGAGAAUUAUGACGAGGAUCCGGCGGACAAGGUUGAAGUUUUGGGGAUUUUGGGGAAGAUUGACGACGGUGAUAGUGAUGACAAGGCUAUUGAUGUGGGGGAGUGA